AUGAACAAAGUUCUACCCUUGCACCUGCCAAACAGUGAUGGGCAAAGCUUUUUUGCAGCAUCAGAGUUGUGUCACAUGGCCUGGACAUUCACCAAAUGCGAUCUUCAUAGGAAGACCAACAUCAACCCCACAUACGGGCAGUUGAUUCCAUUUCCAUGGACACUUCUUGCUGUUACAAACCAUGAACUUCAGAACAUUCAGUCUCUUGUUAGCCAUUGGGCUGCUGCGGGUAAUGUGGCAGGCUUCUACCCACUUUUGGCAACGCUUGCUCGUUACAACUUGUGGAGGCUCUCAACAGACCAGCUAAUCCAAACUGUGUGCGAGCUGUUGUUACUGGGAGUAUCUGCACAGAAUAGGAACAAAUAUCCAUCUCUGCCUCGCAAAUCUGGCACAGAUUUAAAUUCUUAA